UGAUGCCUAAAAUGCAGUGAGGACACGAUUACCUGAACACAUCUGGGAAUCUGCUGACUGAAGUAUUACAUUCUACCAGUGCAAAGAUCUACUUAUGGAGGGAAUCAUAGCUGAGAGUACAGACAACAAAGACGGCAUGGAAACAAAGGAGGAAACAGAAGCAGAAACAGGAAAGGAAGACGAGCUCAGUGGUGUGGUGCGUCAGAAAGCCUGGGAACCAACCUUCUACUGCAGCCUUAACAAGGAGAUUCAUUACUACGCUGGACAUGAAAUCAGCAUCUAUGAGGCUUUUGAUUCUUUUGGCGCCAUCAUCUGGCCUGCGGGACUUGCACUAUGUCAGUAUCUGGAUUCUAAUCAAAGAACAAUUAACCUGCAAGACAAAGCAGUCUUAGAGCUUGGAUCAGGAACUGGCUUGGUAUCCAUUGUGGCCAGCCUCUUGGGUGCUUGGGUAACUGCGAGUGACCUUCCUAAAGUCCUGGGAAACCUGCGAUGUAACCUGUGCAGAAACACAAGGGGACGCUGCAGAUAUACACCACAAGUGGCAGUGCUGUCAUGGGGCUACGACCUGGAACAAACCUUUCCUCAGUCAGUUUAUCGAUAUGACUAUGUUUUGGCUGCAGAUGUGGUCUACCAUCAUGACUUCUUAGAUGAACUGUUAGUAACCAUGCGCCAUUUCUGCCAACCGGGAACAACCCUGAUCUGGGCCAAUAAGAUUCGCUUUGCGUCUGAUCUGGUGUUUACUGAAAACUUUAAGAAAACCUUUAACACUACAUUACUCACAGAUAUGGGUGACAUUAAAAUUUACUCUGCUACCAUGAAAGAUGUUGAGGUAGAAAAUAACUUUCCAGUGAUGCUAUUCAAAGAUGCCGUGAAGCAGGAAAAGGAGUCGGAAGAGUGCAACUUGGGAGAUAUUAACAAGAAGCAGGAUGGAUAUGCUAAUGAGGAUGAACUGGAGGAAUUAAACAGAGAUACAAAGCAAAGGAAUCUCAAUGGAGGAGAAGAAAUGGAAGAUAAUUGUGAUGUUAAAUACAAAGAAGGUAAAUAUUUGAAGGCCAUUCAGAUCAUGUGCCGUAUAAUUCCUAGAAAUUAG